UAACAAGAUAAUGUUCAUGUUCAGAAGAGUAAUUAAUCAUUCCAUAGGCUCUAAACAAGCCAGCUCGCGAGCUUAGCUCAACAAGCCACCAAGUCAAGCUGGCUUACGAGCUUAUCAAGGUGAGCAUUGUCUAGCUCAAGCUUGGCUCGCUUACUAACAAGUUGACUUGCGAACCAGCUUGUUAAAUAACGAACCGAGGGUCGAACGUGGUUUUCCCCGAUUCGAACGUCGAGUUGCUCGCGAGCGGCUCAUUUUCAACCCUGUUAUCCCAUAUCCUCUCUACUUCUCUUUUUUUUUUCCUACCACAACAACAUUGAGAUAAUUUCGGAGAUUUUUCCAGAAAUAGCACCUUUAAAAAAAUUACAAAAAUAACACCCAUUCCGUAGAAAUUACAAAAAUAGCACAUUUUUUUUAAAUACCGCACCCCCUGGUGCGUUUUGCAUGUAAACCGCACCCCCUGGUGGGUUUUGUAUUUAAACCGCACCCCCAAGGUGCAGUUUAGCUUUCUGGGCCAAAACCGCAUCUUGGCCAUGCGGCUUGCGAUCUGACCUAACCAAACUGCGUGGCCCAGAUGCGGUUGAUAGACCAUUGAUUACACAUGUUUUUACCCCUAUCCUUGAGCUGUUUGAAAUGUCGAUUCUAGCGUUUUAGGCCGAUUUCACGCUAGGUUGUUCUUGUUUGUGAUAUUUCAGGUCCUAGUACGUGAAUGAAGGUUUAGGAACGAGUUCGGGGUCGAUUGGACGAAGUUUGGACGUUUGGCGAGAAGCUGAGAAGCCACACGGGCAUGCCUAAAAGCCACACGGCCGUGUAGGGGACCCCUGAUGGUCGCGUGGAAAUUCCAGGGAACUCACACGGGCACCCUGGGAAGCCACACGGCCGUGUGGGUCGUGGCCAUGUAGGAAGCCUGAAGCCACUUAUCAAAAAGCUGCGGUUUGCACAACUCACACGGGCAGCUGGGGAUGUCACACGGCCGUGUGAGUCGGGAUUUUCUGGUUUUAAGCCAAUUUUCAGCAGAGGAGAAGGGAGUUUCGAGUUUUAGAGAAAGAAAGUGAUUCAUAGAGAGAGAGAGAACGACGAACCAGAGUUCCCAAGUGCCCUACCUUGAUCUUCAUCACCAUUGGAGCUCGGCUUACACUUGGAGAAGUACCGAUUGGCGACCAGGAGCAGAUUCUCAUCCUUCACAGCAUGAUUUCUGCAUCUGAACCUACUUUUGCUUCUCUCUCCAUGGAGUAGUUUUCCCAUUCAUUUGGGUAUGGAGAACCCUAGAUUUGUGUGUUAGGACUGAUUGUAUGAACCCAAGUACAGAUUCUAUGAUCUGAUUAUAUUCAAUUGAGGCUUGAAUGAUUGAAUGACUUGAAUCCUGAUCAAAUUUCUGUUAUUUCUGCUUUAGCCUAGAAAGAGAAUAUCUGCCGAGGUUGAUAGAGCACCCUUAAUUGAAGGUAGUGAAUUGUCGACUUUAGUCGAGGAGCCAAUUCACUAUUCUGUACCGAAUUUACUUCGGUAGUGGAGGUUUGGUUCGUUAGGGCCUCAAUUUGUUUACUCCGGUGGAGGUUAGUCGCCCGCUAGGGACUCAGAUCGAGAGGGUCUGGAGACCUUUAGUCAAGACUUCAGACUGUUUAAGAACCUCCCGCAGUAUAACUAUCAUUAAAACUGAACUUGGUAAAUUGCAAUCCGCCUUGACUGCAGUCUAGGGGGAACCAUAUCCGGGUGACCUCUCUCGACUUGAAACAACCGUUUAAUUGCUUUGCUUGUUUUGCUUGUUUGAACCUGCACUAUCGUUUCACUGCUAGAUAAUAGGAAUUCACUGAGUAGCCAUCACAUCUAGGACCCGGGUUGACAAUAAAACCCAAACACGCUAUACUACGCUCUAGGAAGUAGUUACACUUUGGGGAUGCGGUCUAGUCCUGACCUAGCAAAACUGCACUUUGGGGAUGCGGUUUUGCUUCUCCUAAACAAACCGCACCCUCAAAGUGCGGUUUUGGCAACACAAACCGCACCCCCCACCCCAUGUGGUUUGUGUGUCAAUUAUUUUCCGACACCAGACAUGCAGCCAUGCAUAUUAUGUUGAAUUGUGAUUAUUUUCCCUUUUCAAUUUUCUAUUGUAGCUCCCUAUUUCUCUAGUGUUUUUGCGGUUAACGUUAACUUGUAAGUUUAUUUUGUAUUACUUUUUAUUUUGAAUUGUGAUUUUAUGAUAUUAGUUGAACUACUGUAUUUUUGCAAAUGGCAUUCCAAAAAUUCACGCUUGGAUUACGGUGGAAUGGUUACACGGAAGAGAGCGGAAAGGGGGUCACCUACGUCGGUGGCAAUGUUCAGAAAAUAAAGGUCGCUACCAGACCGAUGCUUGAAGACCUCUAUCAAAUGUGUACUAACGUUGCUUGCAUGGAUGGCACGAGAAGGUGGGUCGUUGUGGCACGAGGAAUAUCUCAUAACCACUCAGGAUGAGGUAGAUGUCAUGCUCGAAAUUAAUAACGAGAUACAUACAUAUUCAAACAUUUGAAAUUUAUAAAAUUCAUUUAAGUACACAUAAACACAAAUUGUAUUGGUUGUUUGGUAAGUAAUUUAAUCGUAUUGGUUGUUUCAAAUAAUUUAAUCGAAUACAAUGCAACACUCGUUAGACUCUUAGAAGAGGUAUACAUCUUCUUAGAAACGUAGCCUUUUUGACAGAAAAAUGGGGGAUUCGAGGAUCUCUUAAUACCCGAUUUUCCCAGGAAAUGGGAGGAUCAUGAUAAUCGCUUAAAACCCAAUUUCCUUAGACGUGCAUCUCUUUAUAAAGAGUGGAAGUAAGUGGCACUAUGUAUUCUAUUAAAUUAUUGAAAACAACUAAUACGAUUAAAUUAUUUCAAAUUUAUUUUAUAUUCCACUAAGUACAUUAGCAAAAUAAAAGAAGGAUAAAUGAUGACGAAUUGUAUGUACCGGGUGAUCGUUCCAAACAUCCCUUGAACGAUGGUUGGGUUGGUCGUACAAGUCGGUUGGAUCAAUAGGCCCUUGAUCCAAAUAGUACCGUUGGUUGUAUAUAUUCACGUCGUCCCCAACCUACGAGAGAAUAACAACAAGGUUAGUACAUAGAUUAAUUAUAAAGCUUAUAACAAAAACUAACCAAAAUAAUGAGUACGUACCGGUUGAAAUUCAUCAUAAUAAACUCCCUCUCCUUGGAACCACUCAUCCAUUUUUUCGCGAAAGUCGGACAAAAAUUUGGCAUGUUUUUAGGGAAAAACCAAAGAAAUGUUUUCUGAUGGCAGAUCGGACUUAGCCGCAACCAACAGACCACUAUUUCCUAGGCUUUAGGGAGGGGAGGGGUUAGAGAGAUAAUUCUAGAGAGAGAGUGAAGAAUGGUUGUGGUGUGAAGAAAUGAGAGGGGGGAGGGGGUAUUUAUACCCUUCAGAACGCACCCUCCAAGGGCGGUCUGGUAAUUUAGCCCAGCCAGAAACCGCGCCCUCCCGAUGCGGUCUGCAUUGAUCGUGGCGCUGACCGCACCUGCCAGUUGUGGUCUUCGAUCCGUGGCAAGGAUCGCUGAGGUGGCAAGCGGUCCACCGCUGGAUCGCUGCCUUAUCCUGCGGUCUCCAAGCCCGCUCCCGAGGAAACACAGAACGCACAUUCCUGGUGCGGUUUCCAGUCUGACGUGGCGCAAAACGCACCUCCAAGGUGCGGUUAGAUAAAGAUGGUGCUAUUUUUUGUAAAUUUUGUAGGCUGGAUGCUAUUUUUGUAAUUUUUUUAAUAAAUGCUAUUAUUGGAAAAAUCCCAUAAUUUCGUGGGCUCACCCUAAUGGAUUAAUUACAAAAGAAUCGUUUAAUAAUAAUAACAUUAAAGCUGUUUUUUAUAUAAAAAUUUUAUCCUUCCUAUUUUUAUAUAAACUCAAAAAUAUCAUCUAUUUUUUUCCUAAUUUUGCGAAAGUCUUUCUCCCCUCGUAUCUCGCCGAAUUAAUCUCCUCCUUUUUGUGUUCGUCGUUGUCUGUUCUUCCAUGAAUUAUAGUGAGUCUAACAUGCUAUGAUUCUUAUAUACUUUCUAAACUGUUAGUUGGUGACCUGUCUGGUUAAUAACUUCAUUCAUUGUCAACAUCUUCACGCCUCUUUUAUUGUCCAUAUCACCGAAGACGACUUUGGAGAAUACAUCAACCUCAAGUCUAUAUUUUCACAAGGGUGGAAAAGAAAAGAGUUUAUUUUUAUUUCUUUGAUAAGAGAAUAGUAAAUGAGUAUUUAAGAAAUUUGGACUGAGAUUAUCAUAACCACAAUAUCACACUUUCUAACUCUAUCGAAAUUUCAAAUUUGAUAAAAUAACAUAUGUUAGAUGUUUGUGGCUUGUGCAUGUCCUUAAAUACCACAUUUACGUAAUAAGCAUUUCAAACUACCACAACUGAAAGCCCAAAUAAGUUAGGAAGGCUUAGGUCUUCGUCAUCUUGUGUACUUGAGCCAACUUGACACUUGGGAGCAAGGCUAGUAUAUAGGCUACUCCUAAUUUAUUUUUAUUUUUACAAGAAGGGGCAUAUAUUGCUUCAUUACCCAUGGAAGAGGAACACAAAAGAAGAGGGGAAAAUGAAGGUUGUAGAACAAUGGGCCGAACUACGAUAAUGAAAGGAGAUUUGAAGCUCAUCAAAAUUAAGCCCAAAAUAAUAAAGCCCACACAAACCCUACUGCUUUUUAAGGGAAAUCUCUUCUUUUAUUAAUUAGUAGGUGAGGAACCUACAGAAACAUCAUUCCUCAAACAAGAGAUUAAAUAUACUGGAGGCCUAUCUACCCAAACUCCAUCUUCUUCCUAGCCACAUUCUAUAUGGGUCAUACUAUGAGCUGGCUCGUUGAACUGACGGCCACAAAAGACCAAGAAACUUGUCCCCAGGGUCGAACUCUGUUCUUCUCUCUGUAACUCAGCUCCAACUCUAUCCUCCUCUCUCUACUUAAUAUCUUUCCACCACCUGGCACUCCAUCUGAAACUCACUAGGGAGGAAAUGGAAUUGAUCUGCUAGCUCCACCCCAUAUGCCACUGCCAAGGCCUCUGCAAUAUCUGAUUGCCACUGCCAACGAGUUCUUUUGACUAUGGCCAAGCAGAAUCAACCUGCUCCAUCUCUAAUAACCACCCCGAAGCCAGUCCUGCGGCCCGUCAACCAUGUCGCGUCGACGUUGAUGGUGUAUACAACGCUCUGAGAUGUUGUCCACCCCUUCUUGUCUUCUCUUUAGGUAUGUUCCUUCUUCAAUUGAGCAUACAGGUAUUCUUCAAUCCAUCGAUCCGCUCUACCCAUUAUCUCUCAUUCCUCCAAUUUGUGUUUGUUCCAAAGCUGACAAUUUCUCUAAUCCCAGAUGAACCAGAGCGAGACCAAGAAGCGUCUGAUUUGCUCAUUGCUCUCCUCUUCUUGCAAUUCACAGAUCCAUUCAUCCGAGGUAAGGUUCUCUCCCUUAGUGAACAUGUGGUUGAUAGGGCCCGAUCUCCAAACUCUCCUUACCCAUCCACAGUCCCUAAAAAUGUGUUCUUGAGUUUUCUUAAGAUCACAAAACGGACAGCCCUCGCUUCCCUUCUGCGUACGUUCCAGAAUUCGUGCUCCCGUACGCAAAAUAUUUUGAAUCCAUCUUCAGGUGAAGAGCUUCACUUUGUAGGGAAUAUUGAGCUUCCAGAUCCUGUUUCAGUCAACCGGAGAAUAAAAUUCUCUCCAAUCCUCUGCCUCUCUAUUCAUCCACAAUCUAUAGGCCGAUUUAACUGUGUACUCUCCUGUUUUCUCCAUACUCCACUCUCUCUCAUAUCUCAUAGAAUUCUUAUGAAAAGGGAUCUUGAGUAUAUUGACCCGGUCUUCUGGUAGGAAAUAUGCUUGCAAGAAAUCCAUUCUCCACGAAAAAACCUCAUAGUCAAUUAGUUCUGUCACAGAGGUUGUUUCCCCUAUGAUGGUUACAGGUGGUUUUCGCUUAAAACCCUCAGCCUUUGGAAUCCACUUGUCCAACCAAAUGUGAACACUACAUCCAUCCCCCACUUUCCACCGCCUCCCUUUUUCACUAGUUCCUUCGCUGACAAUAAUCCUCACCAGAUGAAACUCGGGUUAUAGCCAAUAUCAGCCUCCAAUACUUCACUAUUGGGGUAGUACUUAGCCUUCAGGAUUAUGGCUGCUAGGGAUCGUGGUCUAGUAAUCAGCCUCCAUAAUUGCACAAAUCCUACUGUUAAAUGUGAACCAUCACUCAUAAAGACCAGCCGCCGCCUUCUACCAUCUCCACUGUCAUCCUGUCAUCUCCAAAAUAGCCAGAAGAUGACCAAACACCUCCGAGGAGAAGAUUCACAGAGUGAAGCCUCCAAAAUUCAUAGCACAUUACGUGCAAAGACAACACGAGAGAUAAAGCCUAGGACCGACCAGUAAAUAUUAUAGUUGUUUGUCUUAUCAUAAUGGUAAGAUUAUGAUAUGACAGUGAUAAGAUCACAACAAAUACAUAUUUUUGAAGGAUCAAUUUUUUUCACAAAACAUAACAAAAUGAAUAAUAUUAUGUAGAUAAUAAUUAAUUAUUUCUUUCUAUAUAAUUUUUUAAUUUAAGUUAUAAUGAAUGAAAUAUGUCAUU